UCCGCCAUUCAUGCGAGUCGAUUUCGUUGUUUCUGUGUGUGCAGGCACGAGCCAGGCCUGAGGCCAGCCAGCUAGGCACAGCCAGCAAGAGCGAAACGAACGGUACGUGGUGCGACGGUGAAUAAAGAAUAAUAUUUGCGUGCUACUUCGAGGAAGAUACGAUGCGAGCGUAUUAACUGUACGAAUACACAGCGACGUACCACGCAGUGGCAACGGUGACGGCGGUGUGGCGGCGGCAGCGGCGACAGCAACGGCAGUUUGUUGGAGCACGCUACCCGUUUAGUACCUGAAAUGACGACUAUCCUCGGUCACGGUCCGCCGACGUAAGAGUGAAAGAAGUGCCAUUUUGAGGAUCCGUAAGAAUGAUGCUAAUCAAAUAAUAGAAGGAGAGACAAAUAAUUAGCUGGUACAAUAAAUAUUCAACGUGUAAUAUGGGGGCGUUUUUGGAUACUCCGAACACAGAGAAGUGCAAUGAGCAUGGCACUGGUAACGGCCUGCGGUACGGCGUUGCUAGUAUGCAAGGAUGGCGAAUGGAGAUGGAGGACGCUCAUCGAGCAAUUCCCUGUUUGGAUGGUGGUCUCUCAGAUUGGAGCUAUUUUGCAGUGUUUGAUGGUCAUGCAGGUGCAUUAGUAUCAGCCCAUAGUGCGGAACACUUAUUAGAAUGUAUAAUGCAAACGCAAGAGUUUAAGGCCGAGGAUGUUAUAAAAGGAAUCCACUCUGGAUUUCUCAGACUCGACGAUGAGAUGAGGGAUUUGCCAGCUAUGAGCGCUGGCAUGGACAAAUCCGGCUCCACGGCGGUGUGUGCAUUUAUAUCGCCCAAAAAUAUUUAUAUCGCCAAUUGUGGCGACUCCCGGGCGGUACUCUGCAGAUCUGGACUACCAGUCUUCUCGACGCGGGAUCACAAGCCCGUUUUACCCGCUGAGAAGGAGAGAAUUCAGAAUGCAGGUGGUAGCGUAAUGAUCCAAAGAGUUAACGGAUCUCUGGCGGUUUCCCGAGCAUUGGGUGAUUACGAGUACAAAAAUCUAAAAGAUCGAGGCCCUUGUGAGCAGUUAGUGUCGCCGGAACCAGAAAUAUUCAUGCUAGACAGGGACGAUGAACACGACGAAUUUCUAGUUUUAGCAUGUGAUGGCAUUUGGGAUGUUAUGAACAACGAAGAUUUAUGUAAUUUUAUACAUUCAAGGCUGCAGCUAACCGAUGAUUUAGAAGCAGUUACCAAUCUGGUUGUAGACACUUGUCUUUAUAAGGGUAGCAGAGAUAAUAUGAGUAUAGUCCUGGUAACGUUUCCGGCUGCACCAAAACCAAAUCCUGAAGCACAGAGGCAGGAGGCCGAGUUGGAAAUGGCUAUUGCAAGGAAAAUUAAAGAAAUAGUCGCCCAAGAGGAGGACAAGAGUGAAUUUGAUUAUCUAAAAAUGUUGGAACUUCUUAGAGGAAGCGAUCAUUUUCCUUAUCUGCCUCCUGGUGGUGGUCUUCAUGCUAAGCAACCAUUUAUUGAGAAAAUGUUUCGAGAAAUGUGUCCCAGCAAAGCGCAUUCUGUAAGUGUUGGAUACAUCCCUUUGACAUAACUAACCCUCGAUCGUUUUCUAAACUGCAUCAAAUGUACAAUUAUAUAAUAAUAAGACAUGUUCCAUAUUCAUAUAAAGAUGCAGAAUUUACGUGGACACAUUUAUUUGAAUAGUAAUCCCUAAUGUAAGAAAAUCCUAUCAAUGUUAAAGAAAAAUUAUGAUGUAUUAUAAAUUGGUGAGUCUUAAGAGAACUAAGUUUCAUAAGUCUCAUAAAGCAUAUAAUUAGUAGACUUCUACAAGUGACCCACGAUUGGCAACGUAAAUUAGUGCGUAAAUAUUAUGUACUUUUGUAAGUGUUUCUAUCCAUCUAUCUAUACUAUUUGUUUAAAAACUCAAGCUAUAUAAAAGUUUCCUUAUUCAUCGUAAUUUAGUAAUCGCAAGAGACAUUGAAAUAUUAUCCGGGGUUAUGUAUCUAUUUAAGGAAUAUAUAUUUUUCUCGAAAGAUUUAUUUUAGAAAAAUGGCUGAAACUUAAGUGCGCUGUAUCGAAUAGUGAACAUACUUAACUAAGUUCCACUAUUUUGUGCAAAUUAUUAAUUUGCAGAUUAAGCCAGUUAAUAA